GUGUAGAUAUCUCAGAAGCUACACCUUCAAAAGCUACGAGGAUGAAGCUAACUUGUCUUCCAAGAAACAGAGCAAGUGGUUCAAGAACAAGAAGAAUAUGAACAAGUUUAAGAAGACGAGCGUCUCACUUGGCAAUUCUCUCAAGUCUUGUCUCCUGCUCUUGUUAUCUUGCUUCCAUGUUUGAUUCUUUCUAAUAUGUACGAAUAUUUAAUUAUAGAUUCCACUUCUUUAAUUUCAAUCCAUCUUCGCUUUUACGUUUGAUAUAAUUUCGAAUUCCUUGUAUUAACUAAGGUGAAUUCAAAUAUAACAUUACUGUGUUUUGUAUUCAAUAUAUAUAUCCUGUUUAAUGCAUAGAAUUUUGAGAACUGGCAGACGAAAUGUUUCGGUUAAUAAAAAAUGUUCUGUAAAGAAGAAGAGGUGCGUUCGGCAACAUGGAUCAUGUUAUUAUCAAAGGCUACCGCAUGAUAUAAGACCCAAAAGGCCCAGUAAACGAGAUUUAAAAGGCUCACAAAGGCCCAUACCUGUCAAAUUCAAGGGCCCAUUACGCCCUUUAUAUGCGUUCACAUUUGAAAAUGUGUAAAGCUCUUUUCCUCGCGCGACAAACGGAAGGAAGUCGAGACUUAGACAAGUUACAUUUAAACAAGAUAUGGGGAGUCACGGGUUAUACUGCAGAUCAACUGUUCGUUGAAAUGUCUCCUUGUUCCCAUCUCCUACGUUAUGGCCCAUGUGUUAUCCUGGGAGCUACUUAGGAGAAAAGGUCAGCUUUGUGGUUGGUAACUUUGAGACAAAUGGGAUUUGGAGUUGGUAGUAGAAUGUUGGAUUUGAGGAUGGCCCGAACCCACAAGCGUUCCAAGAGUGCCAGCUUUCCAGAAAAGAAAAGUACUGAGGGAGAUAAACAUUCCAAUUCUUCUUUUGAAGCCUCUCAACGCAUCAAACUGGACAUGGAGCGUUCAAAUGAAUCAACCAGUGCCAAGCAUAAUCAAUAUCAUUCAGUCACCGAAUCUUCAUUGAAGGAAGAGAUUGAUCAGCUCGAGACAAGACUACAGGAUCAGUUUAAGGUUCGUUGUGCUUUAGAGAAGGCGUUAGGUUAUGGAACAGCUUCUUCGUACAUGCUGACUGAAACAAACGACAUUUCCAUGCCCAAGCCAGCUAUUGAUUUGAUCAAAGACAUUGCGGUUCUGGAGAUGGAAGUUAUUCAUUUGGAACAGUAUCUUCUUUCGUUAUAUCGAAAAGCCUUUGACCAGCGAAUCUCUUCUGUAACCCCAAAUUCAGAGAAGAAGAAGAAGCCAAAGUCUCCUCCUAUAACAACCCCUACAAGGCGUCUAGACUUUUCUGAAGAAGAUGAUACACCAUCGAAAACAGAUCCUCUGCUUCCUGCAGGUUGCAGAGACCAAACGGAGUCCAGUUUUCACCGUAGCCACUCCCAGCGUUCAGCAUUUGAGUGUGAGAAAGCUUCUCCAGAAGAUUCAUGGGGUAAAGCCAUCCGCUCAUGCCACUCCCAACCGCUGUAUGUGCACAGUGGAGAGAAUCUAAUAAGUCUAGCUGAACAUCUUGGCACCCGAAUCUCGGAUCAUGUUGCAGAGACACCCAACAAGCUGUCUGAAGGAAUGGUCAAGUGUAUGUCAGAGAUAUACUGCAAGCUUGCUGAGCCUCCUUCUGUACUACAUCAACAACUUUCAUCGUCAGACUCGUCUUUAUCAUCGCCCUCUGACCAAUACGAUACAUCUACCCCUGGAUUGGGAAACAGCUCCUCCUUCGAUGAUUAUUUCCGUGUAGAAGGAGAGAAGGGCUUUAGUGGACCUUACAGCUCCAUGGUUGAAGUGCUUUGCAUUUACAGAGACGCCAAAAAGGCCAGUGAGGUCGAAGAUCUUCUGCAGAACUUCAAGUCGCUUAUCAGUAGGUUGGAGGAAGUCGAUCCAAGUAAGUUGAAACAUGAGGAGAAGCUUGCGUUCUGGAUUAAUGUGCACAAUGCACUUGUGAUGCAUGCCUUCUUAGCUUAUGGGAUUCCACAGAACAAUGUCAAGAGAGUCCUACUGCUACUCAAGGCUGCCUAUAACGUUGGUGGACACACGGUUAGCGCGGAAGCAAUACAAAGCUCAAUUCUUGGAUGUAAAAUGUCUCAUCCUGGACUGUGGCUUAGACUACUAUUUGCUUCAAAGAAGUUCAAAGCAGGAGAUGAGAGAUUAGCUUACGCAAUCGAUCACCCCGAACCUCUCCUACAUUUUGCACUUACUUCAGGCAGCCAUUCCGAUCCCCCGGUGCGUGUAUAUACACCAAAGGGAAUCCAGCAAGAGCUAGAAACCUCGAAAGAAGACUACAUAAGAAUGAACUUUAGCUUACGCAAUCAGAAAGUCCAACUGCCAAAGCUUGUGGAGACCUUUGCAAAAGAGUCCGGUUUAUGUCCGGCGGGUUUGACGGAAUUGGUUAACCGGAGUAUACCGGAAUCUUCAAGAACAUGUUUUAAGAGAUGCCAAUCUGGUAGUAAAUCACGCAAGGCCAUUGAUUGGAUCCCACACAGCUUUACAUUCAGAUAUCUUAUUCUUAGAGAAGCUGCCAAAUGAAAAAUUAUUCUUUCAUAUAAUGUGUGUAUAUAAAAAAGAUCGUUGUUAUGUCCCCAUUUUCUAAUUAUAAUAGUGUUGUGUUUUGUCUU